UGGCAGAAAGUGAGAGCGCAGCGUUCUGCAGUCGACAGAUACGAGAACUCAACAAAAGCCAAAUGUCGAUCGGAUUGGGGCAACAUUUCCAUGGAAACCAUCGACCCAAACACUCGAAUGAUGAUGAUGCUGCUGCUUCUCUGGGUGCUACUUGUUGGACCUUCAGUUUUUGGCUCGCCUUUGGAAAUUCAACUUCUAGAUAUGAUGCUGCAGGAGGCUGAGGGUAAUCCCAGCAAUGACCGGGAUCAAAGAGAUAUAUCCGUUUUGCCAGCAACUUCUAUAGGUUGCGAUGAAAGCGGUUCGCCGGAGGACUUUAGCCACUUAUUUGAAGAUUAUGAGGAAAGCAAUGAGGAGUGUGUGGAGUUUUUGCCACCCUGUGAGUCAUCUUUUGCGGAAGGACUACCUAUCGAACAUCCAUGCUUUGUAAAAUUACUGCUGCUGAGAACACCACUGCUAAAGCAAGAUCCUUGUGCCAAUUUUUCCUUAAUACCAGAAAAACCAAUCACCACCAUAAAACCUGAGAUCAAAAAAUGCAGGCCCAAAAAUAAAGCAAAUAAAAAUACAACCGAAAAAGUGUUGCUGGGGCUGCCCAAUAAUGGCACAGAGAGUUCAACAAAUAUAUCACCAAAUAAUUCAACAACAGAAGCACAACUUGAUUCGAAAAUUAUUAAAAUAAGGAAAUUAGUUCCCAAAUCAACUACAACAACAACAACAACGAGCACCACGACAACUUUGGAAACAACAACUUCAGAAGAAACCACCAUUACAGAAGAACCGCCAGCGACGACAACUGAACUGGAAGCCACAACAACAACACCUACCACAACAACAACAACUAGUGCCACAACAACUACUACACAACUACCUUAUACCGAAAACCAAUUGAAACGUUUGAAAGCCUUAAGAAACAGGAGAAAGAAUCAAAAGGGAAACUCUCCAAAAGUCCCUGAUCCACCGAAAAUAAAACUAGAUAAUGCCAGUCAGCCCAGCGAGGUUAUCCAGGUAAUCAUGACCACCGAAGCGGCCGAGUUGAGACUGAAACCGGAAGCUAGCACCACCACAACGGUCAUGCCCACGACGACUGUUUCUACAACCACUUCCGAACCGGAAACCAGCACCGAAGAGAGUUGCGAAGAUGAUGUGGAAACCACCAAGGUGCCGGAAUUCUCUGGCUGUGAAGAUGAAGAUUUACCAGCAAAUGAUAAAACUGAAAACAAUGUCGUCACCACCACAGAAGAACCUUGUGAGGACACCGAUGAGCAAAACACCAAUCUGUGUCCCCAGUUUAUGCCCGCCCAAGGGAGUUCAGCACAUCAAAAACCUCCUCCUGCAUUUCGAUUCCGCAAGCCGGUGAAGAACUAUGUGGAACCAAUUUUGUAUGAAGGAAACUUUGCUAAGCCACUUCAACGAACGGCGCCAAUAGGACCCCAGCAGAGAGAUUACUUUGUGUCCAACAAACAAAUAGUUCCCAGGCCAAGACCUAAAUACCGGAAACGUAUACCGCCCUCAAUUUAUAUGAACAACAUUGUGCGGGGCUUGGAUUGCAGCGAUGAAGGUGGUCAAUAUCCACCAAGGACUCCCAAUCAGCCACAAAGAUAUUGGGAUGUAAGUCCUGUUGACUUUUCUCAAAGAAGUCAGGGCUUGAAAAAAAUGAGACCUGAGAAAAAUAUGAGAAGUUUUGCACCAGUUCCAAUUAAGAGACAGCCUUUCUAUCCGAGAAGUUCAGAGGAAAAUAUGGAGAGGCAAUUCUUGAGGGAAAGGGAUACAGAAACACAAUAUCGUCACUAUCCUGAUGAGGAGUUGUCGCAAGAGGAGCGGCUAAUGCCACCUGCCACGCCCACACCCAGCUUGGAUCCCUGUCAGGAGGAGCACGAUCGAACCUUUUAUAGUCGGAGACCAAUUCGCCCGCAAAAGGAACAGCUAGUAGAUUAUCCUCAACCACCCAUUUCGUCGCACUUUUUCACCUAAUUAACCCUUAACCAUUAUUUAGCCAAGUAGCACACAGAGCACCCAAUAAGCAGUUA